AUGCAACCAACCACUACAACCAACGACCCAUUUGUAGCUAAUCCUGCGACCCCCCGAGAACUUGAUGCGGUCCAACACCACAAACCAUUGAUCACUCGGUUUCGUUUGGUGGCCGCGGUCUUGGCUAUCUGUGGCGUUGCAUGCGUGACCGUGGGGGCCAUCCUAUUUGCUCAACACCAAGCCAAAUCCGACACGAAGAGCAUCGUCACCAACAUUCAACAAGCGUCGGCGUUGAAGGUCACGUUCACCGCCCUUCGAUCAACCAUGCAACUCAACGGCAAUAGCCAAGCCACCGUGUACAUCGUCCCACGCGUGAGCGACCUCGAAGAAGACGCCGGGUCGGCGCUGACCUUUGACGCCAUUCUGACCCAGCCAGGCAACGACGUGACAGAGACAUACGUGCUUCUCAACAACCGUGCGUACUGGUCGAUGUCUGCUCUCGACGGCACCCCUAUCAGGUCGGGGUGCAUGGCGUCAUCGCAAGUCCCCCCCAUCCAGCUCCUUCAAAGCAGCUUGGAAGGGUCGCACGUGGUGGCGUCCGUCGUGGACGGGGACGGAGUGCCCACCGCCGUGAACUGCGACCGCGGCCAACUAUUGGAACUCAAGUUUGCAGGCGAAACGUUUGUCCUGUGCAAUUCGAACGGCAACCAGCUCACCCAUGCCCUCGGAGACGACUUGACGUUCACGGUCGAGUACAUUUCCGACCCAACUCAAGUCCCAGACAUUGUUGCUCCGUCCGCCGAUCUCCAGUGUCCGUUUGUCCGGGCAGCCCUUCCGGAAGCAGCACCUUCGAAAGUCAGUGCCAGGGCCAUGUCGUGGGGCGAAUUCGUCACCCCUCGAACGUCGUCGCUAGGUCGGUCGUCGUGCGGCUGCAACGGCCCCCGUCGCCCUUGCCUCUUUGUGCACGGUGUAGGCACAUCCUCCAACGGCCCUACAGUCGAUUCGUUGGCAGAGUAUUGGGGAAGCAUUCAAGACAACGCCCCAUGCUGCUCCAGCACUAAGUUUGUGCAAAUGGAGACAGUCAAGCGAGGGUGGGCGGAUGCAGAGAUUCAGGAUGAUUUCUGUCGGUUCGCGUUGCAAUACGGAACAAACAACAACGGAACGACAGUGGGCGACCUCAUUCUGGUCACGCAUUCCAUGGGGAACCUCGUCGCAGGGGGCGCGCUGGCCACCGCUCGGUGCAGCUUCUCCGAGGGCGUGUCGUGGAUUUCGUUGUCGGCGCCCAUGCAAGGCAGCAAGACGGCGAAUCUACUCGAGCAAAAGUGCAGUUCUGGGGGCUGGGGCGACGCCGCCAUCAAGGGGAUUUUGAACCUCGUGGGCAAAUGCCCCGCCGAACGAGCGUUCCUGCAGUUGAAACACCAAAGCACCGUCGACUUGACCUUGCAUGAUCAGUACGCUGCCGCCCAGAGAGCUCGCAUCAACCACCCGGCCAAGAAAUUGUUGUGUGGCGUCAGUUCCGUGGGGUUGAAUACGGUGGCCUCUGGGUUGAAAUUUGUUUCGUCCUUGUCCAACCAUGACACGGAGAACGAUGGCGUAGUGGACUUCUGGUCGUGCGGCGUGGGUGUGAGUGGGUUUGGGGACAGUACCAGAAGUCCGAAUUACAAGGCUUCGCUGAACCACUUGGACACGUCGUUUCGGAACGGAGACGGGUGGUGGGGCGACGACCGCAAGCCUGUCAAGUGGUUUGAAUGUGCAUUGUAA